AUGUCGGGAGCAGAGAAUUCGGUGCAGAAGCAACAUGAAGAAAGCACAGCCGUAUACGAAGGGAUCGGUCGCUAUGCAGCGUACGCUGCGCGCCUGCGCACGCUUAUCACAACGGGUUCACGUUACAUUGCAUACUCGUCGGACAUUGGCGAGGCGUUCCGCCCAUUGACCAAGCCAAUUGUGGUCAGUGCAGCGUACGGGAUCAGCUGGGCAUACAUUAUUUCGGACGUUGGAUAUACAGUAUGGCAUGCAAGCAAUCAUAUGGACCCGAAUGAUUCGAGCUACAAGAAAGAUCUUGCGUGGAUCGGCGCGCGCCGCACCGUGUUCCAAACACUGGCGAGCAUGUUUUUGCCUGCCCUGACGAUUCACAGCGUGGUGCGGUACAGCGCGCCGCUGUUUUCCAAGUUUUCAAAUAUGCGCGCACGCAGCAUCGGGCCCACCGUGCUGGGUCUCUGCACUGUGCCGUUGCUUCCCGUGCUCUUUGACCACCCCGUAGAGUACGCUGUGGAAAACGCGUUUGACUUGGUUGAACUUAAGGCCGCUGCAUUGCAGGGCGAUGCCGCGGCGCAGCAAUCGUUUGAUAAGAAGUUCGCAGAGAUGAAGAACUCCAUGUUGGGCUCCAAGCCCAAGGUGCAGGAGCCGAAGCGUAUCGUUGACACAAUUCCGUCGGACACGCCGUUGGACGGAAGCACUGUACAAAAGCUUGCUAUUCUCGGCAUCGGUAUAGAUAUGGUAUCGAUGCCGCGGAUGCGCCAGCUCCUUGUUCGCCAAGCCAAGCGCCUUGCUUCUUCACCCUUAUACCGGCCGCUUGCCGUAGCGCCGCGCUAUGCCGACACUGCGUCGCCUGCCGAGUCGCAGGAGCCCAAGUUGCUUGCAGCAGCCGCACAGCACUUUGCGCGGCGCACCUUGUCCAACGCCGAGUCAGACUUUUGGGCCACGUUUGCGGCACAGGCGGGCCAUGAAGACCAUUUGCGUUUCCUUGCAACCAGGUGA